GCCCCACCGAUAGGGGAUAGGUGUUAUUGCACUGUGCUCCUAAAGCAACAUAUCCCUCACAGAUGGUGCUGGUGUUGUUAUUUACGCAAGCCAAAACAUUGACAAAAAAUGCAUUUGGAGGCGGGGGUUGAAGAAAUUUAGCCGUGUGACAGGAAGUUUGAUCUUUGUUUUUUGUGUAAUUUCAUCUGGAGUCCAAAGGAAAUGAAUUAUCUAAUAGACAAGAGAGACGGAGAUAGAAAAAGAGUGAGAGAGAAAUAGUGAUAAUAGCUUAUGAUUAAUGCAUUGUUGUUUGAAAAUGCUCCGUAAGGGAUAUCUGACAAGACACCAGUUGUCACUGUGAAGUGAGAAUACUAUGCAGUGAAGCUGGUUUCUAAACAGUGAUAACCAUGGCAUCAGGAAGAUGCAAGUGUAUUUUGGUCUUCAGUAUUGGGAGUUUUUUGCUCUUACUUGGAGCAAUUGUGGGAGGAUUAUGGGGAAUUAUAUAUGACAAAAUGUUGCGGAUGGAGCUUGUGCUGACCAACACAUCCAGAAGUUAUCAAAUGUGGAAAGACAUUCCCAUACCCAUAUACAUGGAAUUCUAUAUGUUUAAUUGGACAAAUGCUGCUGCAGUGGUGGCUAAUUCUUCCAUUAAGCCCCAUUUUGAGCAAAUGGGUCCCUAUGUAUUCAGAGAGUAUCAUCACAGGGUGAAUAUGACCUGGAAUUCCAAUGACACCAUAACAUAUCAGCAAGUGCGCUCGUGGCACUUCCAGCCUGAUAUGUCCAAUGGGAGCCUCUCUGACAAUGUGACUAAUCUCAACAUGGUGGCAGCAGUAUGUGUGAUUGUUUUUGCUUCUAGAGAUUCUCCUACUGUGGCAUUUCAAACACGUUUCAUGAGUUAUUUUAAAAAAUUUGGGGUGGAUGUUUUGAUGCGGGCUACUCGUUCAAGACUGUAUGUUACAAAGACAGUGAAGGAGUUGCUGUUUGAUGGCUACGAUGACAAAUUGUUGGAUGUAGUAAAGAACUUCACACAUAAAAUUCCAUUUAAGCGUUUUGGAUACUUUGUGGAGCGCAACAAUUCUGCUUCAGCUGAUGGAAUCUUCAAUAUGUGGACAGGAGCAUCAGAUUUGCAUCAAUUGGGCAUGAUGGAACAAUGGAACUAUAAGCAUAAUACUGGACUUUAUAAACAACCUUGUGAUCUGGUACACGGUUCUUCUGGAGACUUGUGGCCUCCAGUAACAGGUCGCAACAGUGUGCAUAUCUUUGCAUCUGAUCUGUGCUUCUCCCUCCAGCUGUACUCUGCUGGUGCUGAAGAGGCACAUGGGCUUUCUGGGUUGCGCUUCGUGGGAGAUAAUCGCACUCUGGACAAUGGGAAGCACUUCUCUGAGACUCAGUGCCAAUGUGUUGGAGAUUGUCAGCCUUCUGGCACUCUCAAUGCUAGUGCUUGCCGCUUUGGGUCGCCACUUUUCGUAUCCUUCCCGCAUUUUUAUUUGGCUAAUUCAUCAUACUUAACACCACUGCAGGGUCUCAAGCCAGACAAGAAUCAUGAAUUUGCGAUUGUUCUACAACCUGAAACUGGAAUGCCCUUGCACGUGGAGGCAAAACUGCAGCUGAAUGUAUUGGUAGAGCGAUGGCCACAUUUAAGUGUUUUCAAACAUGUUCCUCAACGUAUGUAUGUGCCCAUGCUGUGGUUUGCGCAACUUGCCGAUUUCCCUCCAGAUCUGGCUGCCGAGGUGCGCACCCUUGUGGCCAUUCCUGCCAUCGGGAGAGGCACACUUUUUGGCAUUGCUGGUCUCGGUGCUUUUAUUUUACUUGUGGGUGCAUUAGUGACCUGGAAACAUGGAUGGUCAGCAGAGACCCAGGACCACGAACCUCUUCUACCUGCACAAGAAGGUGCAUGCAUUAGUGAAUAAGCUGGAAUCUACUCUUGGUUUGUAUUUUAUUAUGAUUUUUAAGAAUACUUGAGUGACUUUAGACUUUGUUAAUGACAAGUUAGUGUAAAUAGUAAAUGUAUGCUUGUUUCCCUCUGGUAUGUUGAUAUAAUAGCUCAUGAGAGUGUGGAUUUAAUGUUUUCCCUCUGCUAAAGCCUUCUCUGUUCAAUUGUACUACAAAAAAAAGUUACUUGUUGAUGAAUGCAAAAUCUAAUUUGUUAUUGAUUUAUUUACAUUAAAGUUAGGAAUUAUUUAGAGUGGCCCCUAGUUCAUUGGAGAUCUCUCUACCUGUAGGGUCUCCUCCUUUGAAUACAAUCUUCAUUCUGUUCUUUGAGAAGUAAGGUGUCUUUCAAUGAAAUGUAAACUAAGAAAUACGGCCAGUUUAGGACUAGGAUUGUAAUUUUUAUUUAGUUUUUAUCUGUGGGUCAGCAUUUUAUAGGCCUAAGUUUGCCAGUGAUAAUUUUUAUAUAGCUUAUUAAAUGGUAAAUGUAUCUAUCUUCCUUGUGAAUAAUUUUACUUUUACCACCCCACUUUUGCUUCUGUUAAAUUUUGGAUACUGUUGUAACUGCUCACAAAAUAUUGGUUAAUAUCAAUAUGUAUGUUAGUUUUUGAUACACUGAAAAAAACUGGGAUCACUUGACUGAAAACACUCAUUCUAGUUUUCGAACCAAGAAAUUGCAUUUCUAAAUAUGUUGUCAUCAAUUCUAAAUAUCAGUUAAGAUAGUGUAACUUGUAUCUUGAUCAAGAUAGUCUAAACAUAUUGCUUUUGAUUACUUUACCCACAAUUGUCUUUAUCUCUGCAGUAAGACGGAAAUAUUGUCUUCAAAGUUGUAGAAUUUGCAUAAGGUCUCAUGUAGAUGUUUAAAAUCUAUCAAUGUUAACUUCCAUAAUGUAGAAUGGUACUGUUCAGAAUCCUCUUCGCUAGCCAAAGAGCUCUUGAAACAAAGAAAGUAUGAAAGACAUCCGAGGAUUCUGUUGAACAAUGAUUUUUAUUUUAUUGAAAUGGUUUUGAUUUAUUAUAAUUGUAAUUAUAAGGGGUGAUCUUUAGUUAUUCUUUGAAUUCAAAUCUUGUGAAUACAAUUAGUAUGUGACCGAGUGUAAUAAAAUAUUGCGGGUUGUACUUUUGGAACUUAUGCUAAUUAAGAAGAAUGCUACUUUAAUAUCUUAUCUUCCAUUUUGAAUCAAUGAAAAACUUGUACGUAUGUAUUGUAUGUUUGUAAAUAUUUGAUUUCAUGUUAAAUUCAUCUGUUGAUUAUUUUACCAAAUUGUUGGUGCAUAAAGAAGUAAGUAUAGUGUUGCUCUUGUAUUUCUAAUGUUUUGAGAUAUUUUUAAUUGAGUGUUAUAAAAUAUUGUAAUAGUCCAUUUUUUUAAUUGUAUAUCGAUAAUCAAUUUUUUACGUUGUUGAAACUUUUACUAUGCAGUUUUUGGUAUAUUGAUGUGAUAUUAUUUUGAGCAAGAUUAUUGCAUUGCAGGAUGGUUUCGUUGAAGGGCAACAAUUUAGGAUAAAGUGAAUAAAAAAGUGAAAUAUCUUGAGGGUAACAAGAAUAUUAUCUUGUUAUCUUUGUACUUAUGGCUGUGAGUGUUGAAAUAUUUUGGUUAUAAAAAAGACAUUCCAUCUCUUACAGAUUCUCUUUCAUUCAGUUGUUCAGUUUGUUAAUCCUGUGCAUUAUCAACAUUAGAGAAGCAAUUUGUUAGAACUUGAAGUGUUUCUUCACAUCAUAUCUUUCUUUUAAAAUCUUUCAGAGGAUUUUCUGAGUACUGUCUUUCUUCUUUUCAUUUCUUUUUAGAUCGUUAAUUUUCAUGCAAAUUUCGUGCAUUCAAUUUUUUCUUGCUGUAAAAGGUUACGUUUCUAUAAAUUGUUUAUCAAUAUAAUAAUGAUAUUGAAAAGGCAGUAUGCCCUAGGAAUGAGUUUCUGAAUGCUUUCAUAGUGGUAAAGUUGAAAUCUAUAUAUCUAAAGUGCAAAACACAUUCAUGUAGGAAUCCAAUAACGUGCCUUUUCAUUGAAUAGCGUCUAAGAAAACCAAAAUUGACCAAAUGCACAAUGAGAGGAUGCAAUGAGAAAUGUGCAAAUAAAAUAUUUCAAAAUCAAGGGCAAUUAAUAAUUUUUUUGGCGCCAUGAAGACAAAAUGUCACAAUUUUGUGGCAUGAAUGAAACAGGAUAAAAUGACCACAUGUUGGUACAUCCUAGUAAUGCCGGAGGCAGCUUUCUUUUAAACCAGCUGUUCAAUCUAUUAAUGUAAGUAAGUUGUGAGAGGUGUCUUGCAAAGCAGUAAUACAUAUUGUUGUAUUGUUGGUCUCCUUUAAUUUGCCACACAAAAUACAUAUAUGAUCUGGUCCUUUUCACUCAGAUAAAUUAGUGAAACACUUUAAUACAUGGUAAGUGUAAGUAAAUAAGUGAUUUUUAUCUUUGUGUAAGAUUGAUCAUCUGGGAUUUCCCCACGAUUGGGAUGGUCUACUCUCUGGAUCUUUACCCUCUGCCUCCAGUUGUCUCACCCCCUAAUGCCACUUACACGAGACUUUCAGGAAAUGAUAAUUAAACACAUGUGUUAAUAAUUGUACCUCAUUGGGGUAUCCAGUUUAUGCUUUAACAUACUAUUGCACUUGUACUGUAGAAAUAAUUUCUUCGGGAAAAUUCACACUUAUUUACAUUAAUAAAUAAAAUUUGAGAAGCUUAAGAAAAGUAGAUGUAUACUAAGAAAUUUAGUAUUAGUUGGAGUAAUUUCCAUCAUGAAAAGAGAAAAAAGUCACGUGAUGUUCCUCAGGUGUUGUGAAAGUGUGGGUAAUGAUGAAAAAUUGUCUCUUAGCAAUACUAUUUAUCAAAGACUGUAUUUUUUUACUGAUGAGUGAGGUGGAGUUCUUCCAUGCAUUUAGCAGCUGCGGAAUGCCGAGGCAUUCUGCACUAAAUUACCUUUAAUACUUAGUUGACAAUAGAGACUGCUGUACUUAAUGGCAGUGCAUUUUGUGACUGAUAAUAUAGUUGUUCUUUCCUCUAUUAACUAUUCAUUACUAUUACUAGACUAGGAAGGGGACAAUUUCAGAAUGAAAAAUGUAUGCAGGUAAAUAUGAAACAAUGUUAAAUAAAUUUAUUUGUUUUACU